AUGGACAGGUACGUCAAGGUCGACGCGCCGUCGCCGUCGCUUCCCACGGACGACGAUGAGGUCAGGGUGACGACCGGCGGGAAGAUCCGGGACGUCGUCGAGUACAGCCUCGCUCGACUCGAGGACGCGAGCCAGGGCCGGGUCACGCUCGCGGGGGUGGGCAAGGCCAUCACGAAGGUCAUCACCGUCGCGGAGAUUCUCAAGCGCCGCGUCGCGGGUCUCCACCAACGCACGUCCCUUCACACCCUCGAGAUGGACGAAACCUUCGAGCCCAAGGAUGAGGGACUGAACGUCGUGCGCCGGAAGCGACGCGUCGGCGCGGUGACCGUGACGCUGUGCGGGGACAUCUCGCGGAUAGACGCGGGCGCGGUGGGGUACCAGGCGCCCGUCCCGGAGGAUGAGGUGA